GCCUCGGGACUAGGUGGAUAGACAAGCCCCGGGCAUCGGACAGCCUCGAUUGGAGUGAGGAAGCGGAGCGCCCGUGUAGACAGUAUUUUAUAAAAGUUCUCUUCAACUGAGGAGAACGUGUAGAUGCUGGGGAGGAAUGUGGCAAGCGUUUUAAAGCACCGCGUGUGGUUAGAACACAGGGAUCCGGAGUCCCCAUUCAGUAUCUGUGAGCCCUUAGGCAAGUCACUCAACUUCUUGGAGCCUCAGUAAAGUGGGGAUGAAGGUGACAAUACCUGCCUCAUAGGGUUCAGGUGAAGAUGAGAUGAGAUGUGCCUGUAAAAACACUUACCACGGGCGCCUGCUACUUCUCACUUUUAAUCAUUCGAGCAGCUUGGGCAUAUGUUGAGGCCAAUAGGAAGGAGCUGGGAGGCAGUGAAGGCAGAGGAGAGAGAAAGGGACCCAAGAACUUGGGCAGAGAGGGAAAUCUGGGAUGCCUGUGCCUAACCAGGGGAAGGAGGGAAUAGUUGGGGAUGCAGAGCAGUUGGCAGGUUUGGGGUGUAUGGUUAAGUGAGUGGCUUUUGGACAGUCUUUCUCUGAAGCAACCUUCAAAGUCAUUUGCUGAAAGGGCCAGGCCAGGGCUGGCCCAGGUGAAGCUGGAGAACCUGAUUUCCGCUGCAACAGUAGCGAAGGAUGCCUUGCCCUUUUUGCCAGCAACCCCUUGCAGACUCAGCAUCGUUCCAGGGAAGGUGGGCAGUUGAAUUUACUAGACUCAGAGGAUAACAUCUGACCUACCUUGCCCACUUGUGAGGCUCAACUAAAGUUGAUGAAUGUGAAAACACUAUAUAUAUAAGCAUAAUUUACCAUUUUAAUCUUUUUUCCUGAUCUUGAGGAGCUGGAAGGGCCACGCCAUCAAUACCAAAGCCUUCUGAGCACUUGACUUGCGCUGUGCACCAUGCCACACUUUCACCCACAAUCUCAUCUGGUUAUUUCGACAGUCAGAUAGGGUAACCGAGACCCACUGUGAGGAAGUGACUUUCACCUCCUCUGGAUGGGGCAGAGCUCAUACGCAUGGAACUUUCAUUUUUGGACCUGCCUCCAGAACCCUGGGGAUUUCCACUGGAGUGGUGAUCACCCCCACCGAGAAUCCCAGACUGCUCGGAGGACCCAGGGAAUACAGACGAGUCAGGGACUGGAGCUCUCUCUGCCCCUGGCCCUGGGGAGGAAGUGGAGGAAGCCAGCGGCAGCCUGAGGUCCCCCCCGACAGGGGAAACUCUGAACUGCCGUCCCUGAAAGUCCGCGAUGCGGUUCUUCUCUCUGUCUGACUUGCUCUUCACCUCCCUCUCACUCGAAAGAAUGACUGGACGCUCCUGGAGCUUGCAGUCACCAUCCAGGGGAUUUUUUGCACCACAAAGGGUAAUUCCUGUCUCAUCCCUGCUGUGACUCAGCAGUGACGUCGAACCGUACAAGCCAGCGAGAAGAUAAAGGCAUCAGCCGCCCGCGUAUCAGAGCGGGUAGCCCAGCAGAGCGCACCUCUUCUCCCAGCACAGACCGCGGGGCUGGGCCCCUGCCCCGAGGAGCUUGGACCAGGCCCUCCACCCCCGGGCCCACCUGGGACCCCGGGAUGGCCUCUGGCUCGGCCAGCAGCCCCCGCCCGGCCCCCGAUGAGAAUGAGUUCCCCUUUGGGUGCCCCCCCACCGCCUGCCAGGACCCCCCAGAGCCCGGGCCUGCCUGCUGCGCUGUCUGUCUCUCUGAGAACGCGAGGAAUGGUGAGGAUCAGAUCUGUCCCAAAUGCAAAGGGGAAGACACCCCGUCUGAAAGUCCAGGAAGCCUUCUGUCUCAGGAGAAGGAUCGCCCCGAGGUGGCUGAGGCUGGAGUUGGGUGCCCCUUUGCAGGUGUUGGCUGCUCCUUCAAGGGAAGCCCAAAGUUCAUGGAGGAGCAUGAGGUCACCUCCCAGGCUGCCCACCUGAACCUGCUGUUGGGGUUCAUGAAGCAGUGGAAGGCCCAGCUGGGCUCUGGCCUGGGGUACGGGCCCAUAGCCCUGGAACGGAACCUGUCGGACCUGCAGCUGCAGGGGGCCGUGGAGGUGGCCGGGGACCUGGAGGUGGACUGCUAUCGGGCCCCCUGCUCCGAGAGCCAGGAGGAGCUGGCCCUGCAGCACUUCAUGAAGGAGAAGCUCCUGACGGAGCUGGAAGGGAAGCUGUGCGUGUUCGAGAACAUUGUGGCCGUCCUCAACAAGGAGGUGGAGGCCUCCCACCUGGCCCUGGCCGCCUCCAUCCACCAGAGCCAGCUGGACCGCGAACACAUCCUGAGCCUGGAACAGAGGGUGCUGGAGUUGCAGCAGACCCUGGCCCAGAAGGACCAGGCCUUGGGCAAGCUGGAGCAGAGCCUGCGCCUGAUGGAGGAGGCCUCCUACGACGGCACCUUCCUGUGGAAGAUCACCAACGUCUCCCGGCGUUGUCAUGAGUCGGCCUGCGGCAGGACCGUCAGCCUCUUCUCCCCAGCUUUCUACACUGCCAAGUAUGGAUACAAGUUGUGCCUGCGGCUCUACCUGAACGGGGAUGGGACGGGGAAGAGGACCCACCUGUCCCUCUUCAUCGUGAUCAUGAGAGGGGAAUACGAUGCUCUGCUGUCGUGGCCUUUCAGGAACAAGGUCACCUUCAUGCUGCUGGACCAGAACAACCGUGAGCACGCUAUCGACGCCUUCCGGCCCGACCUGAACUCAGCUUCCUUCCAGCGGCCCCAGAGUGAAACCAACGUGGCCAGCGGCUGCCCACUCUUCUUCCCCCUCAACAAGCUGCAGUCGCCCAAGCACGCCUACGUGAAGGACGACACCAUGUUCCUCAAGUGCAUCGUGGAGACGAACACUUAGGGCUGGCGGGGCCCAGCCAUCCGUGCCCGGGUCCUCGGGGAGACCAGCUCGGAAGGGGGGUCAGCACGAUGACCGCAGUCCCAGCUCCUUGUGCCCGAGACCCCAGGGCACAAUGAUGGGCCGGGGCUGGCAUCCCCUGAGCCUGGCUGACAGAUUGGCCGUCACCUUAGCGGCGGGACCUUGGAGCAGACCCACAGAGGCAGAAGGUGCAGACGGAGGCGGUGCAGGGCUGGUCCCCCAGCACUCACCACGCAAAACUGGAGGCCAGGGAGCCACCCCAGCCCCGAACGUGGGGUGGACUCUGGCCCAGAGAGAGAGGGUGUGGGGGCCCGGCUGGGGCGUGGAUGCUGAGCUGGAGAUGCGGGACCUCAGCCAAGGGCUCCGGGGAUGGGGAGGCCUCUGCAGGUCACCAUGGAGACCGUGCUUGCUGUCUUCCUGCUCGGGGGUCAGAACCGCAACCAGGGGUGGAAGGGACGGAGCCCAGUGCAAAUCAGUCUGUCCCGGCCUGGACUGAGUUCCCCGGCACUGGAGGUGAACAAGCAACUGCAGAGGGCUGUGCUUUGGGGAGGGCAUCAAACGGGGGGUGGAUUCGAAGACCUUCGCGGUUCCUUCCAAGCCCAGAGCAUCUCUAAUGCUCAGCCUCCAGGCCAGCUGAGGCCAAGGGCUGCAGCGUUCGGGAGCCCCGUGCCUUCCAGCGUCCUGACUCACCUUCAGCACCUUGAGGUGGGCAAGCUGGCCUGCAUGGCUCUGUCCCCACUGGGCCUGGCAGCUGGCUUCCCCUCUAUGCAGAGCCACACACAGGCCCUGUGUCCUGCGCCUCCCCCAGCCAAAGGCCCCUCCGCCUCCUCCCGGGGAAACCAGGUCUCUGAGCUCCCAGGAGCAGCCUCAAGGAGCGUGGAGAAGGAUAGGGACCCACACUCCCCGUGCUGCCUGCCCGGGGCCCCCCUCAGCCAUGUUCAGAACCCCAGGUCACCGCUGAACCAAAGUAACCACAUCUCUAUUUGACGGGUCAGGACCUCUGAGCCACCCACAGACGCUGUCCUUUUGUGUGUAUAAAGCCAGAGAAAGAACUGUUCUUUAAUCUCUUUUGCAGUUUUCAUGAAGGGUUGUGGGAGCUGGUGGUGACUUUCGAGGUCUGGGUGGACCGGCCAGUUUUGCAGGCAGCACCCAAGGUUCUGCUGCUUGGUCUUCUGUCUGUAACGGGGGAACCGCCCUUCCUGCCUCACUCACCGAGUUCACUGACCUCAGAGGAGGUGCUACACAGGAGAGGCUGGCAAGAAGCGCGGGCACCGCCGCCCGCCUGGCCAGGCCAGGGCUCACUUGUCUUCCCACCUUGGAGGUCGCUACACGACCUGCUGCAGGACCCUGGCCCAUCUUCCCAGAUCCCCGAGGCUUCGCGUUGCCACGCAGAGCUCCAAGGCAGCCCGCCUCACCUCUCCCCUCCAGCCUUCCCUGCAGCUUACUCUCCUGCUGAGGCUCUGAGUCACUCCUCAGACCCUCAGUGUUCUCAUCUGUGAAAUGGGUUAGCAGCCCCGCCUGUCGUCUCCAGCCUGGCGUUUCUGAGGCUGGCCGUCCCACGGGAGGUGAGUGGGCAGCACGGCCCAGUGGGCUGAGUGUGUCAGAACACCAAGACCCCAGCCCCCAGGGCAGAUCUGGUAUCCCAUCUUGCCUCAGCCUCUUCACUUACAGACACAAAAGCACCCUGCCUGGCCCUGACCCGCCCACAGGGUUUCCACAAGGCUGAAAUAUGAUGCCAGAGCUCUAGUGCCUCGCAGGCUAGCGGCAUCUCGCCAGACACGACAGGCCACCAACACGUCAGGACUUCUUUUUCUCGUCCCCGCCGCUGACAACCUGUCAUGAGGCUGACCUGCUUCCUUGACGUGUGUGGAAACAGGAGAUGAGUAAUGGGAACACUUGUCUCAAAGCUGGUGUCCUGGCGAAGGAAUAACCACCCCUACUCGCUGAGCUAAUAAGGGCUUUGUGGGACAAGCACUCCUAGAGACAACUGUCACUCUGUACCUUUCACCACUUGUGUCUGAUGAGAGGAGACACACACUCCCUUCAAACAGUGUGAGCCGCAGCCAUUCUUUCGGCUGAGCUUUAUUGAGACCUACUGUGCUGGACCCUGGUGGGUGGGGAAAGGUAAGGGAUGCACUUUAUCCUCAAGGAACUCUUAGCUCUGGGCAAAACAGGUCCAUAAGUAGAUCAAUAAGAGAAACUCAGAGAAAGCUUGGGACGUUCAGACCCAUUGGUUGAAGCAGGGAGGGCUUCCUGGAAGAGGUGGCAUGUAAACUCAGCCUUUAAAUAUUUUGAGAUGCAGAGGAUAGGGAUGUGGGGAAGAGCAAAUGCCCAGAGAUGGGAUGCUGUCUUGCUUUCAGGUAAUGUCUGGAAGGCAGAACCACAGAGGGAAAGUCAGGAAGGUAGGAUGGGCUGGAGUGCAGAAGGCAUCCAAGGUGGUCCCAGCUGCCUGAAAAUAUCAGCGCUGGGUGGGAGGGUCUCGAGUCGCCUGCGUGUGACCCUUCAGGCUGUUGAUGGCAGGAUGAGACGGUGAUUUUAAACCUUUACUAAUUUAUCUUCCACCAAAGCCCUACAUUAAAUGCACCAAACACCUGAGGUGCUACCAUUUACCGGUGGUCCAGGGGGAGGGGAGGCAAGACGCAGGCGGAUCCAUUCUUUCAUUGGCUCCUCAUAAACCCCUGUGAGGCAGGCAGAGUUGAAUAUCCUUUUAGAAACUGGGAAACUGAGGCCGGAGACACCAGGUGGCCUCCCUAAGGUCGGGUGGGAGCAAGGGAGGCAGUGGAAUUAGCAAGAAGGAGUGUUUUCCUUCUUCUAGACUGAUGAGGAAUUUCCGUCUCUUUUGUGUCUUCGGCCAAGAUGAGGUCACAUCUUCACAGGGAGCCUUGGGAGGUGAUGGGUCCCUCUGCUCCCAGCCUGUGGGAACCACCCUGUCACCCCCACAGUGCCCAUGAGGAGGGGCGUGUGAGCACAACCGAGGGGACUUCACUCACGGGCGGCUCACAGGCCACCUCGGUGGUGUCUGCAGGGGAUCUCGGACCACCCCGAGCCAUAGGGACAGCUAUUAUCUCUGCCCUUAAUUGUCCAUUUCUAAUGGUAAGAGACAUGUACUCUAGUAGAAACACUGGAUAACUACAAAAGUGAUGCACAAAAGAAAGUAAAAAAAAAAAUCCGCCGUGAGCCCAGUGUCCAGAGGGCACUACUGGGAACAUUUUAGUAAAUGUUCUUUGUCGUUUUGAAACGGUACGUACAGACACAGAGAGAGAGAGAGACUUAUAAAAAGUGCAUUUAAAUCAUA